AUGGACUCCCUAGCAGCACCCCAGGACCGCCUGGUGGAGCAGCUGCUGUCGCCACGGACUCAGGCCCAGAGGCGGCUCAAGGAUAUUGACAAGCAGUACGUCGGCUUCGCCACACUGCCCAACCAAGUACACCGCAAGUCAGUGAAGAAAGGCUUCGACUUCACGCUCAUGGUGGCUGGUGAGUCUGGCCUAGGAAAGUCCACUCUGGUCCACAGUCUUUUCCUGACGGACCUCUAUAAAGACCGGAAGUUGCUCAGUGCUGAGGAACGAAUCAACCAGACAGUAGAGAUUCUGAAGCACACAGUGGACAUCGAGGAGAAGGGGGUUAAGUUGAAGCUCACCAUCGUAGACACACCUGGUUUCGGGGAUGCUGUCAACAAUUCCGAGUGCUGGAAGCCCAUCACUGACUACGUGGACCAGCAGUUUGAGCAGUACUUCCGGGAUGAGAGCGGCCUCAACCGCAAGAACAUCCAAGACAACCGUGUGCACUGCUGCCUGUACUUCAUCUCCCCCUUCGGGCAUGGGCUGCGGCCAGUGGACGUGGGUUUCAUGAAGGCUCUGCAUGAGAAGGUGAACAUUGUGCCCCUCAUUGCCAAAGCUGACUGUCUGGUCCCCAGUGAGAUCCGGAAGCUGAAGGAGCGGAUCCGGGAGGAGAUUGACAAGUUCGGCAUCCAUGUGUACCAGUUUCCGGAGUGUGACUCCGAUGAGGAUGAGGACUUUAAGCAACAGGACCGGGAGCUGAAGGAGAGCGCACCCUUUGCUGUAAUUGGCAGCAACACCGUGGUAGAAGCCAAGGGACAGCGUGUCCGGGGGCGACUGUACCCCUGGGGGAUUGUGGAGGUGGAGAAUCAGGCACACUGCGAUUUCGUAAAGUUGCGUAACAUGCUCAUCCGCACUCACAUGCACGACCUCAAGGACGUGACUUGCGACGUGCACUAUGAGAACUACCGCGCGCAUUGCAUCCAGCAGAUGACCAGCAAACUGACCCAGGACAGCCGCAUGGAGAGUCCCAUCCCCAUCUUACCACUGCCUACCCCUGAUGCAGAGACAGAGAAGCUCAUCAGGAUGAAGGAUGAGGAGCUGAGGCGCAUGCAGGAGAUGCUGCAGAAGAUGAAGCAGCAAAUGCAGGACCAGUGACACACUGCCCCAGCCCCUUUGCCACGGAUAGACCAUCCAUUUCUGGACUGGCCCCUCCUACCCUUGGGCCCCAGACUGGCCUGGACUCUACCCUGGAUUCACCUGGUUCUUGGAUGGACCUGGACCUGACCUAUACCCAGCGUGGCCCUGACUGUUCCUGACCCGGAAGCCACAGAGCCACCACUACCCUAGAUGACCCUAAUUUAUUCUCAGCACCAACCCCUUCCAGGUCAUUUGUAUCUGUCUCCCAGGGGUCUGGACAAUGGCUCCUCCCCAGGUGGCUUUCUCUGGCCUUAGGGGAGCAAAGUCUAAAAGCUAAAUCAGGCACAAUUUCCGAGUCCCUCCAUCCCCUUGAAGCUCACAGAUUCUAGGCACUGCACAAGUAGGCAGGUAAACCAAGGCAGAGGAGGGAAGGGAGCCCCAGUGCCGCAGAGCGGACUUGGGAGCUCUCCUCUGCUGGUUUCUGUGGGCCACCAGCAUAUGCUAACACCCUACUUUUGAUCAAGACGGCCCUGUCCUCCUUUAUCCCCUCGCCCAGGCUGGGGAUCAGAGCAGGCAAAAUUGGGCGGCUGCAGCAAUUGGGAGGCUUCGGGAUCAGAAGGCUUCUGGUGAGAAGGGCAGCCUGGGCCGACCCAGAGUGCUCUGGGUCUGUGGGCCAUACUUGGCAGCCCCCACCAGCCCUUUCCGUCUGCCGGUCCCGUCGCUGGAGACCCCCUCUCCCCAGCCACACCAUUGCGCUGGGAUCCCUAGCCCUUGGCCAUUCCACCCGCAUGAUCCCUCCCCCCCACACCCCUGCUCCGUUUUGUUCCGUUGUGAAUGCCGCGUCCUGUCCUGGUGACAGGGGAACAA